CACGAAGGCCACCAAUAUUCAUGAUCGUGCCCGUAUAUCGUAUAAUGGAGUUCUGGCAAGGCAAGCACAGUCCACACCUUAAUUCUACCACACUAAAUAUCCCCGAUUACAAAUCGCGGGGUUGUUUGGGGAAUGUACAGGCGAAUUAUACUAUUGUAUCUCCAAUAAACAUCAACUUCUGAAAGGCCACAAUAUAAUUUUAUCGCCAUUAAGUGUUUCCUUAUUGCAGUGAUUGUUGUGCAAAGCUACCCCACGAAAGAAGAAGCACGUCGACAGCAUGGCCGACCUUAAAAUUGCUACAGUACAGUUCGAAAACGCCUCCGGCGACAAAGGGAAGAACCUUGCCACCAUCCGCCGCUUGUCAGAAGAGGCAGCCGCUCGAGGCUGCGAUGUGGUUGCUUUCCACGAAUGCUCUAUAACCGGAUAUACCUUUGCUAGCAAGCUUUCGCGCAGUGAGCUACUUUCUGUGGCUGAGUCAAUCCCAGAAGGCCCCAGCAUCAAAGCCCUUGUUGAGAUUGCCUCAAACUACAAAAUCAUAGUGCUGGCUGGCCUAUUUGAGCGAGACUCCAAUGACAACAUAUACAACACAUAUGUCUGCGUUGAUGGAAACGGUGUUCUUGCAAGCUUCCGCAAAAUCCAUCCAUUCAUCUCUGAGUACCUAGCUCCAGGCAACGAGUACGUCGUCUUCGACCUCUUGGGAUGGAAGGCCGGAAUCCUCAUCUGCUACGACAAUAACGUAACUGAAAACGUGCGCGCUACUGCUCUUCUCGGUGCUGAGAUAAUCUUCAUGCCCCACGUCACGAUGUGCACGCCAUCUACACGCCCCGGGGCCGGGUUCGUGGACCACCAGCUGUGGCAGAAUCGAGAGCGGGACCCCACGAGCCUGCGCGCGGAAUUCGAUGGGUUAAAGGGGCGGGCCUGGCUGAUGAAAUGGCUUCCGGCAAGGGCAUAUGACAGUGCAAUCUAUGCUGUGUUCAGCAAUCCCAUUGGAAUGGAUGACGACCAGCUGAAGAACGGGUGCUCGAUGGUGCUGGAUCCGUUUGGGGAUGUGGUUGCUGAGUGCCGCGAACUUGGCGAGGCGAUGGCAGUGGCGGUAUGCUCGCGGGAGAAGCUGGAGAUGGCCGGGGGAUUCCGGUAUAGGAAGGCAAGGAGGCCGGAGUUGUAUGGGCAUAUCAUUGCAAAGGAGCAUGAGUCCAAGUUGGCGGUUACUUGGAUGAGUAAAUAAUGGGAUGAACGCUUCGUUAUAACUUGAUUGCACUUCAAUUGUUUGGCUAGCUAAAAAUCAACCUUUAGCCGCUCCAUUGUUCUUUGCUGUUAAUCUUCGAUAUCCCAAGGUCCAAAGUAUAUUGGCAAAAUAUAUUAUUAUUAAACCCAGACAAAUAAUAUAGAUUAAGAAGAAUACUUCAAAAACAUAAAUAGGAUAACCAUCACAAAACACG